GUGAAGCUCCAGUCAGAGGGAGAGUCUUUCAUGAUCCAUCACGGCUCCAUGGUCCAGCAUCCCACCCCAUCUCGUCCUAUAACCCAACACCCCCAUAUACACUAGCAGAUAUCCAACCCCGUUCCCAAACCAGGACCUGACGCUUUCAGAAGGUUUCAUCAAGGGUCCGCGCAGGUACAAGGAGAAGCAUGGCUGAUAAACUGGGAUUGGCAGCGGUGGCAGAUGAGCCCAGCGCCCUAAACAUCUUCACUCUUCUGGAGAGGGUGUCUGGGAUCAUAGACACCGUACAGGCCUGCCAGCAACGUAUGGAAGAGCGACAACUAGAGCUGGAGAACACCAUGAAAGCCAUCCAGGGGGAUGUCGUGAAGCUGACGAAGGAGCACACGGUGACGAGUAGCAUCGUCGAGAAACUUCUGGAGAAAACGCGCAAGGUCAGCUGCCACAUCAAGGACGUCCGUGUCCGUGUGGAGAAGCAGAACAUCCGAGUAAAGAAAGUGGAGGAGACGCAGGUCGAGUUGCUGAACAAGAACAAGUUUCGCGUGGUCAUCUAUCAGGGAGAAAACGAGGUCCCAGCUGUAGCUGCGCCCAAAUCCUCUCCAAAGGGGGCAUCGGGCGGAGACGUCUCCGUAGACCCAGAUGCUCAAGAGAUUGUGCUUCCCGACUCAGACGAGGAGUACAUGGUGGUCGAGGAGGCAAACGACUCCACGGCUGCCAAAAUGAAGAAGACCGGCCUAAAACGCAUCGAAAGCCUGAAGCAAACCUUCUCACGCGAGAACAUGACCAAGACCAGGGAGAGCCUGGGUAGCAAAGUCAACAAGCUGGGCGAGCGUAUAGUGCCGACCGAACGACGUGACAAAAUCCGCCAGUCGGGGGAGCGCCUGAAGGAAAGGCUGAACCUGAAAAAGGAGAGGACGGUGGCUGAAGGUCAGGAGGGAGCAGAGGGGACCACAGAAGGAAAAGCACCCAUCCCACCACCGAAGGGUCGGAAGGCCGGUGCCGACGUAGCCUACACGGAGCCGACGGAGAAACAAGAAGGUCCGGAUGAGGGCAAAGGCGAGGAAUCUGAAGUGCCGAUGUACGAUAUGAAGCAGCUUUCUUAAGCGGCAAGGAUGACUAGGAGAAAUCAUAUUUGGGAAAGACUAAUGUAGAGAUUAUGAAGAACUUGAAGGUGUAAAGACUGGGAUCUUAUUGUGAGGAACAGUGGAUGGUGCUUACAGUUGAAACUGACAGAAGAAAUGAUGGAAGUUGUACACUAUAUAGUACACAAUCUUUUUUUCUUGUUUACAGAUAUUAUGGACUCUGAAAAGUUGUGAAUGUUAAACCAAUGUACUAUAAAGUAAUAUAAGUAGGGUAUGAUUUUUCAUUUUAAACUCAGCUUUUAAACUGAGCUAAAAGGUGAACUCAGUAUUUAUUUUGUAUUGGUCAGCAUCAACGUAGCAUAUAGCUUGUCCUGCUUUAUGUAAAGUACUGUAGCUUUUUCUAGGACACUGAUAAGACUGGUCAGACUUUAGAUAUACUUUAUUUAACAAGAUACUGAGAGCACCUUUUAGGAAUACGGUAUUAUUUGUAAGGUGGUGUGUGACGGAUUUUAAGAAAUGUUUUUUUUCUGAAAUGGCUGAAUGAACAGUCAAUCAUUGAUACACGACGGGGAACAGAAGUGAAUUCUGGACUUUCUCUUCAGAACUUUUGAUAUAUUCUUGUGUUGAUUGACAUUCAGCAUGAGCUGUCAAUGAUGAAUAACAUCGUUUUAUUUUCAUUUCAUAGUUUUGAUGUUGUGGUUGUUUUCUUUUGGAGUAUAAUGCAUUAACUGGAUAAACAAGCCCUUUGUAAACACACAUUUGGGUGAUUCUUGUGAAAUUAGACUUAUGAGGUGUCAUGAAACAUUUAGAUAAAAAAAGUAAGAGUAUCAAAAUAAGAAGCAUACAGUUACAAACAUCUCUUGUUUUCACAUUUAAGGGGAAAACCUUCAUUACCGCAAUGUGUCCAUGACUGGAUUUUGGUUCUUUGACAUGAAAAUAUUUAUAAUUAAAACGUCUAAAAAAUCAAAAGCUUCAGUGCAUGUUAUACUAUAAACAUUUACAGUAAAGAAACAUGUGGUAUUUGGUGAUCAUUGGUAAAUGUAGAGACUAUAAUAAGGAAUAUAAAUGUGUCCAAGAAAAAUUUUCUCAUCCUCCGCAACAAUUUUCAAUCAUUGUUUAAGCCCUCAAGGAACU